AUGCGUGUUACCCGUAAAGGCCGUAACAAUUAUGCUAUAUCUGGUGAGUUCGAAACAUUCCAAAAUUGGGGAAACGAAAAUACGGUUCACUACCAGAUAACAAACUCCCACGGAAUGCUGCUCUACCGUGGACAGAAACCGUUUUGUGCAGCGUUUAAUUGGCAACAUCCGAUUGUUAUGAAAAUACGAAAGUACUCGACCAUACCACCGGGUAAUUAUUGUCCGCUGGCGAAGGGUAAUUAUGAGUUGGUCGAUUUCCGGCUUCAAGAAGAAGAUCUGCCAUUGGUGGCGGUAAAGGAUACUUACACUGUGCAGAUAAAAAUGACGGGACCAGAAGAGCACUUGGUGCUGGCUUAUAAGGUGCAGCUUUCUAUUUCCUAA